GUAAUUGAAUUUGAUAGUGACACUUGUACUUCUACAUGAGGCAAUCCUUUUGAUAGAGCAACAUAUAUUAGCUAAAAAGCAAACAUCUCCAAGAAACAGGACAAGUACUUUUCUUUACUCUUUUCAUUUCCUUGAUCUUGUAUGUGUACUAGUACUACUCUACUACUACCCUUACCUUUCUCAACUAUGAACACUCUAAAAUCUUUAUUGUUUGAAACUCAUCCCAUAGAGUAAAACAUUCAUGAUUUAGCCAUUUUCUUUCAUUAGGAAAAGAAAUCAAGCAUUUCCUUUUGAAGUUAUAACCACACAACAACAAAAAAAGGGAAUUUUUCAACUUGACACAUUGUUUGUGUCAAAGCUUUGUCUCUUUAUUUGUUAUUUUUUAUUUUUGUUUUUUGUCUCAUGGACUCAUCUUUCACUCUUACUUUAAUGACAUUUUCCUUAAUGUCAUUGAAACUUUAUGGAUCUUAUGCUCAAAGUAUCAAAUCAACUCAUGUUCUUGACCUCCUCAUAAGAGAUCACUCAUUCAAUUCAUUAGACAAAAACUUCAAGACAGGAAUACCACAAUCAGUGAAACUACCUUCAAAUUUGUCAGGCAUCAAAGUAGAUAUUAUGAGGUUUAGAUGUGGAAGUUUAACAAGGUAUGGUGCAAAUUUAAAGGAGUUUCAUCUUGGUAUUGGUGUUACAAUUCAUCCAUGUAUUGAAAGAGUAAUGUUGAUAAGACAAAGCAUAGAGUAUAAUUGGUCUUCUAUAUAUUAUUCUAACUAUAAUGAUCUAUCUUUGUAUCAACUUGUUUCACCAAUUAUUGGACUUUUAGCUUACAAUGCUGAAAAAGAUUCAAACUUUAGUAACCCUUUUGAACUUGGAAUUGAAGCUGGUGAAAAAAUGAUCAAAAUUGAUUUCAACAAUGCUGCAAAGUUGAACAAAGGAAAAAGUGUAAAAAUGGAACCUUUUUGUGCAAGUUUUGAAGGGAAUGGAAAAAUGAGAGUUGUAAAAACAAACCCUUUAUCACCUUUUGUUUGUUUUGCAAAAAGGAAUGGACAUUUUGGUUUGGUUGUUGAAUCACCAACACAAGAUGAGUUUAGAAAGCCUAUUAUAAGUCAAUGGAAAGUUGCUGUUGGAAGUACUAUAGGUGCUGCAAUUGGUGCUUUUCUUUUGGGCUUGCUUCUUGUUGCAAUGGUUGUUAGGGUGAAAAAGAGGUCAAGAAUGGUUCAAAUGGAGAGAAGAGCUUAUGAAGAAGAAGCACUUCAAGUUUCAAUGGUUGGACAUGUUAGGGCUCCUACUGCAUCUGGAACAAGAACAUCACCAACACUUGAGCAGCAUGACUAUGUUACUCGUAGGUCAAAUCAAAUUUAUCAUAAUUCAUAGGUCAAAUCUUAAUUUGUAUUAUUUGUUCCUAUUUAUGAAUCUUCAAAGGUUCUCCGGUCAUCUAAAUAGAAGGAAUCAUGCAUUUGAUCCAAUCAUGCGAUUUGGGUUGUCGAAUCAAAAUCAGACUAUUCAUGUUAAGAUUUUGGUAUAUUAGGUUCAAAAUACAAAGUCCGGAUGUUAGUCAUUUAAUCUUGGUCCGAAAGUUUAGAUUGACGACCAUAUCAUUAUGUGAAUUCAUGGAAUUCAAAUCCCAAAUACCAUACUUCAACUCCAUCAAUAUAUUUAUUCCAAAUUCUUUUUAUUGAAGUUUUUAGAAUC